CACACAGGUAGGAAGAGAAACCGGAGGGUUGAAGUGUCAGGUUACCUGGACUUAGUUUUGUUUUGUCAAAAGGGCUUGGUCCAUCAGAAGCAGCUGCUUCGAAAUCUGCGUUGAGUUUUAUACCCAAAACUGUACAUUGGUACUUUUAGAACACGGAGUCGGGAUCUCUGAGAGUUGGGAGUCAGUUACACAGGUGAGAGAGAGAGAGAGAGAGAGAGAGAGAGAGAGAGAGAGAGAGAGAGAGAGAGAGAGAGAGAGAGAGAGAGAGAGAGCUGCAAGUUUCAGGGCGUCCCACCUUCACAGAGGGCUGUAAUUACUUUGCUUAAGGACAACUGCAUUAUGCUGACGUCUACCGUAGUGGCUGAAGAAAGCACCAGACCAUUGAAUCCAAGCCCAGCAGUUCCACAGCCAGGUCGCCACAGAAGGCCCAUGACUGUCGUAAAACCUCAAACAAGCAACGCGUGGAAAAGGAGGAAAAUACUUGUAACUGUUCUGACAGUUUUGGUGAUACUAGGAAUAAUGGUCACUGUAGGAUACUUUGUGAAACAGUUAAUCGAUAGCAAGUACUUCUUCUGCCCAAGCUCUGUGAAGUUUAUCCCACUAGAGCAAGCUUGUGAUGGGAAAAACGACUGUGCUAAUGGGGAAGAUGAGCUCAGCUGUUUGUCACGCUUUAUAGUAAACACUACAUUUCCAGUGCGUCUUAUGUCUGAUCAGAACGUUCUCCAAGUGUACAGUCCUGCCUCGGGUUGGGGGACGGUCUGCAGUGAUGGCUGGACCGCGCAACACACACAGACCGCUUGUACACAACUGGGAUACACUAUCAAUCCAACUAGCACCAACAUCCAAGUGAGCAAUUUGGCUUCACUGAAGUUUGGAUCGUUCACAGCAGUCAAACCCGGGAUCACAAACACACCCAUACAAGAGGCCACCACUGCCAUCAAAGCGUGCGACUCGGGAUCUAUCAUCUCGUUGACUUGCUCAGAUUGUGGAUUGGAGACUGUCUCUAGCGACCGUAUUGUUGGGGGUGUAAAUGCUAAAAUCGAGGAAUGGCCCUGGCAAGUCAGCCUGCAGCACAAUGGCCAGCAUACAUGUGGAGGCUCACUGGUGUCACCACAAUGGGUCGUCACUGCUGCCCACUGCUUUUCCAGCACUAAAAAAGAGCUGAGUCGGUGGAGAGUGAUGUCGGGACAGACAUACUUGACCACACUAGGAGGCUCCUAUGUUGACAGGAUCAUAGUAAACGGACAAUAUGCCACAAAGGAAAAUGACUAUGAUAUUGCAUUGAUGAAGCUUAGCAGCCCAAUCAAAGUGGGAGUCAAAAGUAAGCCGGUGUGUCUACCUCCAAAAUCCCUUAACGUUCCCGAUAAUUUCCCACUGGCGGUGACAGGGUGGGGACUUCUGAAAGAAAACGGUGUGGUUUCUGAUACGCUGCAGGUGGCCCACAUCAGCCUGAUAGGUAGGAGUACAUGUGCCAGCCCUGCAAUCUAUGGCAGCCACAUAACGCAGAGAAUGAUCUGUGCUGGCAGCAUGAAGGGGGGCGUGGAUGCCUGCCAGGGGGACAGCGGCGGCCCUUUGACGUACUUCUCCUCUCAGUGGAACCUGAUUGGUGUAGUUAGCUGGGGUGUUGGCUGCGCGGAGGCAAACAGACCCGGCGUUUACACCAAUAUGGAUGAGAUGCUCAACUGGAUUUACACCUUCAUUGAGAAAAACUCUUGAUGUGCACUUUGACCAGUCUACCUCAGACUAAUUGUGAAACUGGAAGAAAACCUUUCGUUUAGUGUGGCAGUUUAAAGAUCAGGGAAGGAUUGGAAGAAAGGGGAAGUUGGAGCUGGAUCUCAAAAGCAAAACAAAGACUCAAACACACACACACACACACACACACACACAUACACAUUUUUGCAUAUACUAAAACCUGUUUCCAGGUGUUUGUGCCAUUUCAGUUUCUUAUCUCAGGGGAAAUUGCUUGGAUCUGUAUGUUACCGAUCUCUUAUUGUGGACAAAAUAACUUAUUUUUAAAAUUGUUGCCAUUGUUACAAGUCAUCAAGACAGAAUUAUGAGAAGAGUAAAUCUGUAAAUGGACUUCUAGGAUGUCAAGAAGUAAAAACAAUUUCAGUUUUAAGGAGAUAUUCAACAGAUAAAUGGUGGAAAUUUUUGACCAGCUCCUUAUAAAGUGCCAAAGCGCAUUUUGACAGCUAAAGGGAAUGCUUAAAUUCCUGCUUCAGUUAUGAGCAUCUGAGCACUUUAAGUGAAAAUCGAUUUAUGCAGCCAUAAUUUGUGUGAAGAUGGUUUCGUUUAUAAUCUUUUUGCACUGAUGUUUUUGUAACUUGUGUUUUGAUUUUCAGUGUGAUUAGUAAAUAAAUAACUGUUUAAUUCCCAUAUGAAUAAAGUAGGAGUGAAUUUAGAGAUAAUCUUGUUUUAGUCCAAUUGUUGCAAAGUAAAUGUGUUUGAAUGCAGAUGUUGACUUCUGCACGGAAACAGGCUUAAUGUAUUUACUAAACAGCAUUCUGCACUGAAAUAUUACUUUUUAUUCUGUUGCUCAAGAGGCAAAAUAUGAAUUUUGUUUUUGAUUAAAUGUGUAAAGCUGGGGAGUGAUUGGAUUUGUUAUUAAAAAAAUGUGUGUAAAUAACUUGUAAACAUAUUAAACACUGAAAUAUCUUUCCUGCUUUGAGAUGUUGUCAAACAUUGAGAACUCUUGUUGUGUUCGGAACACAGGGGGCAGCAUGCUGAGAUGUAGUGGUGUCUACCUACGUACGUCUGCUUAUGACUGUUUCUACAGUAUGUAAUAAAGUUCCUAUGGAUAAAGUA